UUAUUUUCUUGUCGUGUUCAUUCGAUUUUAUAAAUAAAAAAGGGGAAUAAAGCAUACCUACUCUUAGGUUCAUUUUAAGUAUCUAAUUAAUUUCGUCAUUGAACAUAGCAAUAAGCAAUGAUAUUUUAUUAGUUGUCUUGCGUGAUCACAAUGUCAUGGUCGUGUACGGUGAUUCAGCUAUGCAAUAACUCUCGCAACUUAUAUAAUGUGAUAUAUUCCUCAUACCGCUCGAGCAGAUGACGAUGGCGAUGUUCAAGAGUCAGUCUAUUUUAGUUUCUGCCAUAAAGCAGCACUGGAAGCAUUGUAGUAAAUGCGUGAGGUUGUCGACGGAGACACAAGCACAAACCGCUAGCGGAGAAGGCCCCUGGAGCGCGUACGAGGCUCGAGUCGCCAGCGGCUCACUGAGUAAAGAUGAACACCAGGAAACCGUCGUGCGACACUUACAGGAACUCUAUCAAGAUGUUACCAGCUUCCAGCGGCCUGCGCUACAAACACAGACACCCCUAUUCAAUUUCUUCAAAAAGAAGGAACCAAACAAAAUAAUCGCGCCUCAAGGCUUGUACAUAUAUGGGAGUGUAGGUGGAGGCAAGACCAUGCUCAUGGAUUUGUUCUAUGAAACUGUGCCUAUAGAAUCCAAGCUCCGCGUGCACUUCAACUCGUUCAUGCUGAACGUGCACGCUCGCAUCCACGAGCUGAAGAUCAAGUCGGGGCGCGGCGCCAGCGCAUUCCGUGAUGGCUCGCACUACGACCCCAUCCCGCCGCUCGCAGCUGAUAUUACUCAGGAGUCCUGGCUGAUAUGCUUCGACGAGUUCCAGGUUACCGAUAUAGGUGACGCCAUGAUAUUGAAGCGUCUGUUCACGCAACUAUUUGACAACGGUUGCGUAGUCGUGGCGACUAGUAACCGUCGCCCCGACGACUUGUACAAGAAUGGGUUGCAGCGAAGCAACUUCCUGCCAUUUAUUCCGGUCCUUAAGGCGCAUUGCCAAGUGUUACAGCUAGAUUCUGGAAUCGACUAUAGGCUGAGAGGCUCUGGAUCGAAGUAUAGCAAAUAUUUUAUAAAUAGCGAAUUGACGCCUGAGAGUAACGCUGUAGAUAAUUUAUUCAAAUUCCUGAUCUCCAAGGAAACGGACACCGUCAGGCCGAGAGUGAUCAACAUUAUGGGACGGAACGUGAGGUUCGCCAAGUCUUGCGGAAGAGUGUUGGAUUCUACGUUUGAAGAGCUUUGUGACAGGCCAAUAGGCGCGAGCGACUACCUGGUGCUGUCGAAGACCUUCCACACGGUGUUCGUGCGGCAGUUGCCUCAGCUCUCGUUGGCGCGGCAUCGGUCGCAGCUGCGCCGGUUCAUCACGCUCAUAGACACGCUCUAUGACAAUAGAGUCAGGGUAGUGAUCGCGGCGGACGUAGAGCCAUCAGAGCUGAUCGCGCGCGAAGUAUCAUCCGUGGAGGAGCUUGGCGACGCCGACCGCGCGCUCAUGGAUGACCUCAAAAUCUCCAAGGACUCGGAAGACGCUCGAGCGGCCAUCUUCACGGGUGAGGAGGAGAUGUUCGCGGUGGACCGCUGCCUCUCGCGCCUCAUGGAGAUGCAGACCGACGAGUACUGGGACAAGUGGGGCUCCCACCUCGGCUAGUGGCACUGGGGCUUCGGUGGGCCGGUCCCACCUGGGGGCCUAGCCAGUAUGAAGACAAACGCCUAACGAAAAGAAAAAAAUUAGGUAUCGGGAUGACAGAUGCUACCAAAAGUCAAGUGACUAUUCCCAUAUAUUGUAUAAGUUUCGAUUGGCGUUUUCUAUCGACGAUUUUCACGUUGGCUAGGCCCCCUGGAGUAUUUCCCAGUCGUUAUCACUGAUGACCAUAUCCCGGUGUUUUGGGUGCGGGAAUGAUUUCGUGUUUAACUUUGUUGAUUGUAAAGUAGUUACCAAACUAUGAAAUUAAAAUAAGCAGUAAGCUCAAAAUGAGCUUAGAAAUGUUUAAAUAAUUCCUGUUUUUACACGACUGCUCAAAAAAAAAGAGUGUAUUGUUUUUAGAGUUUUUACCUAUUUAUUGGCCAGUGUAAAAGAUUCCCGCCCCAAACUCCAGGGUAUCUUGUUAUUAUUACCUGUUAUGAAAAUUACGACCAUUUUGAAAUGUCGAUAUUUCCAAAAAAAUAUGGUGCUACUGGGAAUAUUUUCCCCUCUGUUAAGAUAACCACCAUCUUCGUCACGGUAAAUAUUUCUAUUCUCAGUAUUUACCACUGCUAGUAAAUAGGGAAAUAUGGCCAUUGUAGUGUUAAUAAAAGGGAAUCACCUUACCUGCAUGAUUUGGUUACUGCUUACUAGUUAGUUCUCCCUAUCCUACUAUUUUAAGAGGGCACUAGUACUAGUAGUAAGGCUCCUAUUGCAGUUAACCAUUAGAUAAACCAUAGGAGACGCGGUCACCAUUUUAAACUUGUUUCUUAUAAAAUCAAUCGCUUUCAAUAUUGAUAUUUGUGUAUAAAUCUAGAGCCUGUGGGACCUUUAUUUGUGAUUGUUUAAUUCAUAAGUGUGGAUUCUAACACACCUAGAAACCGUAAUCGUUAUAACAUCAAUCAAUUUUACAUCAUACACGCCCUUCUGACGACAUUUUUAGCCAAUUACAUUAUGACUUUCUUCUUAUCAAUGUUUGUAUUGUGUCAUAUUUGAAAAUUCAGUAUUAGUUGACAUUCAGUCGGAAACAUUCGUUUUAGUACGCCAAGUGUACUUAUCUAGUAAUAAUUCUUAAUAAUUAAUAAUAGAAAAUAAUUUAUUUUUGUUAUUUUUUAUUUAUUUUUGUGUCAUAAAAGAGUUACUUUAA